AUGCAUCCAUGCGAAUACGGGUGGAUUGCUCUGCGUUGCUAUUUGCUGAUCUGCUUUGGGGAGCAAAUUUCGGCACAGACAAGGUAUUCUGUUCCAGAGGAGGUGAAGGAGGGCACCGUUGUAGGAAAUAUUGCUAAGGACUUGGGUAUUGAUGUCGGUACUUUGGCGCAGAGGCGGUUUCGUCUUGUUUCGGCAUCACAGAACGCUGCUGUCCAGGUAAAUCAGAACAAUGGUGUCUUGUACGUUCAGAAGAAAAUCGACAGAGAGGAGCUGUGUGACGGCAAUGACGUCUGCCUAAUAAAUUUGAAAAUUGUUGUUGAAAAUCCUCUUGAAGUCCAUUACGUUGAAAUAGAAAUUAGAGACAUUAAUGAUCAUUCGCCUGUUUUUCUGGAGAAAAAACUUAAUCUGGAAAUAAUAGAGAACAAAGCUCCGGGUGCUCGAUUCGAACUACCAUCUGCACGUGACUUAGAUGUAGGCAUUAACUCUGUCCGUAACUACAAAUUAACUCCGAAUGAGCAUUUUUCGUUAGAGUUGAGAGAUGGUGGAGAAGAAGAUAGAAUUCCCUUUCUUGAGUUACGGAAAUCUUUGGACAGAGAAGACGUCUCUAGACAUGAAUUAAUCCUGACAGCGGUAGACGGUGGGAAUCCACCACAAUCAGGUUUUCUUAACAUCUCUGUUACGGUUCUGGAUACAAACGACAAUCAGCCCGUCUGUAGUCAGGACACAUAUUCAUUAACACUGCAGGAGAACGUUGCUGUUGGGACGGUUGUGAUGAGAAUAAACGCUACUGAUGCAGAUGACGGACUGAAUGGGGAAAUUGAAUACGCAUUAGGAAGAAACACUAAACGGAAAGUACAAGACGUUUUCCAUUUAGAUACAAUGACAGGCGAUAUACGAGUGAAAGGAGAGGUCGAUUUUGAAGAAAAUCAGAUCUACAGAUUAAACAUACAGGCCUUUGAUAAAGGGCAGCCUCCAUCGUCUGCUGCCUGCAAAGUAAUCAUUCAGAUCUUGGACAUGAAUGAUAAUGAACCAGAUAUAGAACUUACAUCACUCUCUAACAUGGUUCCUGAAGAUGCCAAACCUGGCACCGUUGUUUCCCUAGUUAGUGUUUCUGACAAAGACUCGGGUGUUAACGGGAAAGUGCUCUGUAGUGUCUCGGAUGGUAUUCCAUUUGAAUUGAAACCGUCUGCGCAGAAUAAUAUGUAUUCUUUGGUAACUAAGGGAAACCUCGACAGAGAAGUUCAGGAACAGUAUGAAAUUACAGUAACAGCUGCAGACAUGGGUCAGCCUCCACUUACAACAUUUAAAUCACUUCACGUCCAGUUAUCAGACAAAAAUGAUAACUCUCCAGAGUUUUCACGGAAUCCUCUUGAGCUUUACUUAAUGGAAAAUAACAUACCAGGAGCGUCCAUAUUCUCCGUUAGCGCUUCUGAUAGAGACAUGAAUGAAAAUGCUUUGAUAUCAUAUCAAAUACUUAGAGGCGAUGGCUCACAAAACGAUAUGACAUCCUUCCUUAAUAUCAAUUCCGAUAACGGAAAUAUUUACGCAUUGAAGAGUUUUGACUUUGAAACAACGAAGAAUUUCAGUGUUGUAGUAGCUGCUACAGACUCUGGUACUCCAUCGCUUAGUAGCAAUGUUACCGUAAACGUGUUUAUUCUUGAUGUGAACGACAACACUCCAAUGAUAUUGUCUCCACUAAACACUAACGGUUCAGCUGAAGCUGUGGAGGAGAUUCCCCGAAAUGUGAACGCAGGCCAUUUGGUGACUAAGGUCAGAGCAUAUGACGCUGAUAUAGGAUACAACGGCUGGUUGUUGUUUUCAUUGCAGGAGGUUACUGACCACAAUCUCUUUGGGUUGGACCGUUAUACAGGACAGAUAAGGACCCUUCGUUCAUUCACAGAGACAGACGAGGCACAGCAUAAACUUGUCAUAGUGGUCAAAGACAACGGGAACGUGUCCCUCUCCGCAACAGCAACUGUGAUCAUAAAGGCUGUGGAGCCGAAAGAGGCUUUCGCGGCCUCUGAUGUUAAAAGGGCAGUAAAAGAAGAUGAGGAGAGCAACGUCGUAUUUUAUUUGAUCAUCACCUUGGGCUCAAUUUCAACCCUAUUUGUGAUCAGUAUCAUCGUCUUGAUUAUAAUGCAGUGCUCCAAAUCCACAAACCUUUCGUCUGAGGUCUUACAGGACACAAGUUAUGACGGGACACUGUGUCACAGCAUCCAGUACAGAUCCGGAGACAAACGGUACAUGUUAGUUGGGCCCAGAAUGAGCAUCGGUUCUGCUAUAGCCCCGGGCAGCAACGCGACUACUCUGAUUGUAAAAGAUCGCGGGAGAAGAGGCCCUGGAGAGGUAACAGCAAGAUUUAUACAGAUGAACAUGGUGAAAUACAUUUUGGUUACUCGGCAGUCUUACAAUUAG